AUGGAAUGGAAAUUAGCGGUGAUGCGGGAGAAGAAGAGGAGAAUUGACAAGGCAGCGGAGGCGGCAGAGGCCUUAGWGGAAGUGAAGAAUAUAGAGGCGCAAUUAGCCRCCCAGCCCGAUCUCCCGAAUCAGAUGCGAGUCAUAGCUCGAAGCGUCGCAUGCCUGGCACGGGUUCAGGCAGACCAAUAUGACUUUAGCAGAAGCCAGGACAUAGCUGUGCGCUCGAUACGGUUGGGCUUUCGAGACUUUGCCUGUGAGCUGGUAGGCGCCGUUGGAGUCAAGGUGGGUCACCGCCUCGACAAGACUGAGCGGUUCUGCACCGGUGCCAUUGAAGGCGUCAAGGCGGCAGCUCCCAAGGAGGAGGAAGCACGUCUUCCUCGCCAGGAGCCUGUCAAAGUCAAGUUCCCCGAUUCCUACAGCGGGAAGAGGGAGGAAAACUUUGACAAUUGGGAGGCCAACGUUAAGACCUAUGUGCACUUGCAACAGGUCUCCCUAGAUCAGCAAGUCYUAAUUGCUAUCCACGCACUGAGAGAUGAAGCCGCCAGUUUUGCAAGGUCCCUAGUUCGCGCUGCCAACUGUAGUGAUGAUCCCGUUGCGUACUCCUCAUUUACGUCCCCAACCGAAUUUCUGAAGUUGCUGCGCGAGCGAUUUGCUGAUGUCGCUCGCGGUGUCAAGGCCUCAGACAAGCUCCAAACCAUCCAUUCUCGUAAAUGGAAGAGUGCCAGGGCACUCAAGGGUACAAUGGAUGAGUUGGUGGCCGUCCCUAACCAUGGGGUCACRGAGGGCCAGUUGGUCAACCUCUUUUACCGGGCUAUGCCCAAAGCCUUUCGAGGGCAGUUCUUCGCGAAAAGCGAAGACCCUGCCACCACUUACGAUUCUCUUAGUCGUGAGGUGGUGGUUUUUGAAGCAAAGUCAGUAUCCCUGUCUACCUUCUGGCACAAAGACUUGGACAGGGGUAAGCAAUGGAAAGACCGCACUAUCUCAGGGCAGGUAAAGACCAAGGAUAGCCUUGUCCUGACUUUAGAUGAGGGUAGUGUGGAUGAGAUUCCCUACGACCAGAUUGAGUGGGGAUUAGAGGAGGCGGACAGCGGUGUGGGCCAAGGGAGAUCUUACGCUGCUGUCGCGGCUGGAGGGAGGCCGCAAGGAGGAAGAGGCCAGGGCCAAGGGGGCCGGGCCUCAGGGAGUCGAUUUCAGGGCGAUCAGGGGGUUGGCGGUAGGGGAGGAAACCGCCAAGCGGGAGGCAGGGGUCAAGGUCCCCCGCAAAACCGUCCUUGGAGGAGGGCUCCCUAUAGAAUAGGAGGAUGGCACCCAGGGCUACCUCAGGGUAGGCCUUGGGAAUCUUUGGGUCUGGACCAGGCUUUAUGACAACAACGAUUGGACCGGGGCCAGUGCAUUUUCUGCGGUGACCCGGGCCAUAUCAUCAAAUAUUGUCCUAAGUAUAGAG